UUCCUCCUUUUCCCUUUCAUAGACACUGGAUUUGGGAUGUAGAAACCCCAGCUCUUAUUCCCUGUCAUGGCCACCCCGAAUGGAACUCUGGUCCACCCAGCUUACUUUCUGCUGGUGGGCAUCCCUGGCCUGGGACCUAACAUACACUUUUGGCUGGCUUUCCCUCUGUGUUUUAUGUAUGCUUUGGCCAGCCUGGGAAACCUGGCUGUCUUCCUCAUCAUCCGCUUGGAAAGGAGACUGCAUGAGCCCAUGUACCUCUUCCUGGCCAUGCUUUCCACCAUUGACCUAGUCCUUUCCUCUGUCAGCAUGCACAAGAUGGCUAGCCUGUUCCUGAUAGGCAUCCAGUAGACAGAGUUCAAUGUUUGCCUGGCCCAAAUGUUCCUUAUCCAUGCUCUGUCAGCUAUGGAGUCAGCUGUCUUGUUGGCCAUGGCUUUUGACCACUUUGUGGCCAUCUGCCAUCCUCUCGGCCAUGCUUCUGUGCUCACAGGGCCCACUGGGGCCAAAACUGGGCUAGCUGCCCUGACCAGGGGGUUUGUAUUCUUCUUUCCACUGCCCUUUAUCCUGAAGCGGUUGUCAUACUGCCGAACACACACUGUCACACGCUCCUUCUGUCUUCCUCAAGAUAUUAUGAAGCUAUCCUGUACUGACACCACAGUCAAUGUAGUUUAUGGACUUUUCAUUAUCCUCUCAGUCAUGGGUGUGGACUCCCUCUUCACUGGUUUCUCUUACAUCCUCAUCCUGCGGUCUGUGUUGGUUCGAUCCUCUGAGGGAGCAGCAUUCAAGGCUUUCAACACCUGCAUCUCUCAUCUCUGUGCUGUCCUGGUCUUCUAUGUACCCCUCAUCGUGCUCUCUGUGGUACAUAGACUGGGUGGUCCCACCUCCCUGCUACAUGUGGUUAUGGCUAAUGUCUAUCUAUUGCUACCACCUGUGGUCAACCCUAUUGUCUAUGGAGCCAAGACCAAGGAGGUCCAUUCACGGGUCUGCCAUAUGUUCUCACAAGAUGGCAGGUGA